GUCAUGUACUUUUAGCUUUCUCUACUGGAAUGUUUAUGCGUCGCUUUCCAACUCUGCAUCAGUAGUAGCUCUAGGGAUCGGAAAUGUGUGUGGCCGUAGCCUGAGCAAUGAACCUAUCAGUAUUGGCUCAGCAUUUUUUCUCACGGGGAGACCAAUACUUGAAAUCGUGGAUUGAUGAAGGCUGGUUUGAAGACACUUGAACGUGGAGAUGGAGCUAGGAACGAACUUUGCUGCAAAGCUCGAGCCAUUCCUUCUCAUCUCAAAGUCAGCCAAGGGUGCAGCAGCAGCGAAACUUAUUCAGGACGCCACUUCAGCCCAAGGCGUGUUUGUCUUUGCCGAGCUCCUUGAGCUCCCUAAUAUUCAGGAGCUGGCAAACAACGAGCAGCAUGCUCCUUUCUUCUCCCUGCUGCAGGUAUUCUCAUAUCGAACGUACAAAGAUUACCUUGCGAACAAGGACUCGCUACCUCAACUAAACCAAGCUCAAAUUAUCAAGCUCAAGCACCUGUCUAUCGUAUCACUUGCCACCAGCAGACGCAUUCUCCCAUACUCUCUCCUCCUACAAGAGCUGCAAAUGCCCACGAUACGCGACCUCGAAGACCUCAUAAUCGAUGCGAUAUAUCUCGACAUCCUCCGCGGGAAGCUCGACCAGAAGGAGCAGCAACUUGAGAUUGAGUACACGAUGGGACGAGAUCUCGAGCCUGGAAAGGCAGAGGCAGUAGCUUGCGGCUCUGAAGACAUGGUGGCUUCGACAACCGUUUCUGUCCUUUCCGCGUUAGACAACAAGCUCACGCAGAUCGCUUCUUACAGUGCAGCUGUUGCAGUGGAUAAUGAAGAGCACGAUAGGGCAUAUAAUGCUAUUCUCAAAGAUGUGUCCAAGGACACGAAAAAGCGGGGACCAUUGACAGCUAGUGGGAAUAUCAUGCGAGGUGGCGUCGAUUUGGCAGAUGCGAUGGAUGUGGAUGAAGAGCCGAGAAUGAAAGGACGGAAGUAA